AUGGCAUUCAAGUUUAUUGCAAUUUUAGCUUUUGUUGCUGUUGCCAAUGCAGGAUACAUAUCAUCCCCACCAUCGUAUAAAUAUGAAAAACACCAACCGGCUUAUAUUUAUCCUACUGAAGCUCCAGUAAAACAUAUUGUACCAGUAGUUCAAAAAGUCCUCACCAAACAUGUCGAACAUUAUGAAUCCAGUCCACAAUAUAAGUUCUCAUAUAAUGUUGAUGACAACACUACCGGUGAUUCUAAGACUCAAUUUGAGGAACGUAAUGGUGAUGUUGUCCAUGGUGAAUAUUCCCUAAUUGAUGCUGAUGGUUAUAAACGUAUUGUUACCUACACCGCUGAUGCUCAUAAUGGUUUUAAUGCAGUUGUUCGUCGUGAACCUUUGAACAAAGUUGUCCACUCCGAACCGGUUGCUGUAAAGACACAUUAUGUUGCUCCAGAACAUUAUAGUUCUCCCGAUCAUUACAUUACUCCUUCUCAUUAUUCAACUGCUGAUCACUAUACUGCUAAAGAAAUUCACUAUCGUCCUCAUUCUUCACCUUCUUCUUCCUCUUCUUACUAUCAUCAUUAA